AUGCGCGCGGCGCGGACGCGCGCGACGUUUGAGGCGCUGUGCGAGUGCCUGGCGGCGUGCGCGACGCGCGAGGAUAGAGCGACGACGGAUUUCGUGGACGAGUACACCGGGUACGACGUCGCGUGUUGGGCGGCGAAACGCGGCGCCGGGGACAGCAUUCGCGCGCUGUGUCGAGGCGCGGCGUCGACGUCGGCGUCGGCGUCGACGUCGGCGUCGGCGGCGAUGUGCGCCGUCGUCGGCGCCUCGCAAGCGCUCGCGCCGACGCAGCUGAGCAAGGCGAGUCUCGGGAACGGAAGUCGUUCACCGGACGACGCGGACGUGAUCACGGAAACGCGCGCGCGAUAUGAGGACGCGUUGUCCGCGGCGCUAUCGCUUCGUCCCGGCGAAAUCGAUGCGAUCGACGCCGUCACGGGUUGGACGCCUCUGACGUUUGCGUCUCGCCGCGCGCCGACGCUCGGCACGACGUUUAUGAGCAUAUUGCUCGAAGCCGGCGCCGACGUCAACGCGCCAGACGCGCGCGGAAUGACGCCUCUCAUGCACGCAGCGGCCGGCGAUUCGCUCGACGCCGCGCGUCUGCUCCGCUCGGCGCGUCGAGCCGACGUCUCGCCUCGCGACCGCGACGGCUUCUCCGCCGCCAUGCACGCCGCGUACCGCAAUCCAUCGAACGUCGCGUUAUUAGCCAUUCUAGCCGAUUCUUAG